GUUGUAGACCUCGUAAGACAAAGAUAUGCUUCCUACCGUCUUAUCGACAGUUUCGAAAUGCUUGCUAUUUUUCAUAGCAGUCAUACUAUCACAGUAUAAAAUUGAGAGUAAAUCGUCAUCAUUGGAUGUAACAGAUCCAGAAACUUGGAAGAGGUUGGCAGUUGAGAGAUUUAGUAAAUUUGAACAAUCAUUAUAUUACUCAUCACUGAAACGACCAAAAAAUAUCAUCUUAUUUAUUGGGGAUGGUAUGAGCUUGAGCACUGUUACUGGAGCAAGAUAUUUGAAAGCGGAGAAGAUGAAUCUUUUAGGUGGUGAUGUACAGUUAGAAUGGGAAAACUGGCCUGUUGCAUCACUUGUCCGUACAUUCAACUCAGACAGACUGACGACAGAUUCAGGUUCUGCGGCAACUGCUUUUAUGUCAGGUGUAAAAGGACCAGAUGGCACUGUUGGUAUCACGGGAACAGUGAAGUGCUGUGAAUGUACUGAGUUAACAGAAGUGGAAAGAGCGAAAUCUUCUCUCAUGUAUGCCUCUAAAGCAGGAUUUUCCACUGGAAUAGUUACAACUACGAAGGUUACUCAUGCAACACCUGCAGCAGCAUAUGCCAAUAUGUUACAUCGAAAUUGGGAGUCAGUAGGCCCAUCAAACAAGCGCGGAUUUCACUGCACAGACGCUGCUGCACAACUACUGACGAACGCUUCUCACGUCAACGUUAUAAUGGGAGGAGGGGCAACCGAAUUCUAUGGCAAGUCGAGCACUCUAGCUUUUAACAAAAAAGGAAAACGCUCUGAUUCACGCAACCUCCUACAAGAAUGGAAAGAUAUGCAGACCAAAAUGAAUCGCAAGCAUGUUCUCUUACAUACAACCGAUGAGUUUAAACGAACUAGCUGGUCCUCAGUCGAUUACGUUCUAGGUUUGUUUGCUCCGAGUAACAUGGCUUAUCAACUGGAAAACCAAGACCAACCAAGUUUAGCAGAAAUGACAGAAGCUGCUAUCAAAGUACUUUCUCGUAAUCCAAAAGGAUUUCUUUUGUUAGUGGAAGGAGGUAGAAUUGAUCAUGGUCAUCAUGUUAAUCAGGCCCAAUAUGCGUUAACUGAAACUUUGGAGUUCGAAAAAGCCGUCGAGAAAGCAUUGUCACUUGUUAAUCAACAAGAAACACUACUGCUAGUAACAGCUGACCAUUCUCACGUUUAUGGAGUGGUCGGCUAUCCGACAAGGGAUACAAGUGUGCUAGAUGUGGAUAACACUGCAAAGGUAAGUGUUAACCCCGUUUGAUUUUUAAGCAUUUGUGUAAACGGGGAACGGUUUCUUACCAAUACAAAUCAAUUUAAAAAUAGCUUUUCGACGAAAUCAUUUACUUCAGCUGUACCUUCCUAUUUAUAGUUGUAUGGUAAACAUAUGAAUGUAGAAGGUUAUAAGAGAUUCGAGACUAGUUAUCCAGUGAGGUUACGUAAUGAUCAGGAGGUUAGAGAAGAAUAUAAGUGGACAAUUGUAUUACAUCUUUCUGACCUGUCAAUUAUUUUCAUCCUUAUAUUCUUCCCUAACCUCCUGAUCAUUACGUACCACCACUUGAUGACUAGGGUAUUGAAUCGCUGUAUAAUGCAAUCUCUUCUAUCCUUCUAUUGCGACAUAUUUAUUAUACAACUAUAAAUACGAAGGUACGGCUGAAGUAUAUGAUUUUGACGAGAAGAAAAUUUUCGCUGAAUUCUCUUUAUUUUAUGCGGGAACAGAAUAGGUUAUUUUAAUUACAAAUAGCUGUUGUACUUAACAAUUGAAAAUAAGACCUCUCUCUCUAAAAAUUCGACAAUCCGAAAUGGAGAGAGUAUAGAUUACAUGUAGCAAAUGGAAUUGACGCUUAGAAAAAUAUCUCAAUUCCAAAAAUAUUUGGCUACUGAAUUCAGUUGAUUGAUUUGAAAUAGUUUUCUCAAAUUUAUCAAGCACUUCAUUAGAAACUAAUGAGUCAUCGACUGAGUUGUAACUGGAAACUGAGACUUGUAAAAUAACUCCGUCGUCAAUUUUUAUAGUUUUCUUAUUCUAAAAUUCCGAUCGGCAAUUGUUAUAACACAUCGUUAAUUUGCUAUGACUAGUCGUCCCUGAUUAUUGUGUUGGAAUCGCUUCUUACUUAUACCUGUAAACAAGAAUCUAUUACAGUUACUAAAUAACGAUAUCGAACUAUCAUACGAUUGUGAUGUAUUGUGUUAAUUAUAAGGGCCUACUUGAUGUGAUUGGUUUAUUUUGCCUCUCAUGUAUUGAUUUUGGAUAUAUAUACAACUAAAAAACACAUGUGUGCUACUUAAUAAAAUAUGAUUUGACAUAUAAUUGACAAUCAAUGUGACCAACACAUUUUUUAUUUUUCUGUCGUCAUUACUGGUAUACUAAGCAAAUCAGUACUCCAAAUUAUCUACUCGAAAGUUAGAUUCAACAGUAAAAUCACAUGUUCGAAUAUGACUUAUUAGAAAACUGUCUUAAUUUAUGAGAAUUUCACAGAUCGAAUUGUGAACAGAUUGUGUCAAAUGUAUGUUCACAUUACAAAGAGAUUUAUGAUUAAAACGAAUUAGUGAAAUGCGAAAAUCAAUAAUUAGCUUCAGAUAUCACUUUAGAUAGGAGUAAGAGGGAGGGAUCGAGAUAGUUGGAAUGACAACAAUAUAAAUAAUAAAUUUUAUUUAGCUAGUACAUAAUGUCAACAUUCAACAAACAGUCUCAAUUUAGUUAAGAUACUGGAGAAUAAUAUCGAAGUUGCAUGAUGAUUGGUUGUUUGCAAUCCAUUUGAAAGGUUUGUCAACAGUAAGAUCGAAGAUAUAAGCUCAAGUAUAACACCGGAACAAUUUUUAGGGCAAAGAAUGUUUACAAUUACUGACUGUAAACAGAGUUUCCGUUUGCUUGAGAUGUUUGUGAAGGUCCUUCAGUUGACAUAUAUUCCUCAUGAAAUCCAGUCUCAAAACGGAUUUAAUGAGUAUCGAGAUGUUUCUAACCGAAUACGGUGUUGGUCAGAUAUUCAGGAGGCAAACCAAAGAUUGACUACUUCCUUAUCGCUGACAUAUUUUAUCAACGAAUUCGACAACAGAUUCUCUCCAUUUAACAAUUGAAACAUAAUAACAUGAGUUUGUUACAUUACAGCGAUCUCACCUUCACUUGAGCUUGUAUGCGUUUAUGUUUAUUAUGACCUCUGAAUAACUUACUUAAUAGGUAGUCUCACUUGUGUCGGUAACUAUUUGCCUAUAUCUUUACUUUAUCAUUUACAGGCUUGUGUGAGUAUGUGUGACUAAUCACCAGUUACAACCAACAUAUAUACACAUCUUAGUAGGUUAAAUGUUAAGUAAAAUAACCCUUAGUGUCAUUGAAUAAGAAAACGAGAAUUCAGAGAAUAAAAUUUUCUUUUCGACGAAAUCAUUUACUUAAGCUUUAUAUUCGUAUAUAUAGUUAUAU